AUGGCAUGGGACGUGAUAUCCCAGUUAGGUACUGGGAAUAUCAAUAACGUUGACCGGGCUAUACCGACUCUAACUCACAGAGCAAAGCAUUAUAUAAUGUUCACAACGGUGCAGCAGUUCUUAUUAGCUGUCCAGAGAAGGCGGUCGAGAGAUACCAGCCAAUCACUGCGAAACGACAAACGAGAAACACAAGAUCGAUCCCACGAGGUACGAAGUCUGUCGGACCGCUACAUGAAUCAAUCGAUUGCGUCCACAUCAUCAGAACAUGGUCCUACGUAUCUGGAUGCAAGUCGAAUUUGGUGGGUCGCAGUCAUGGUAAAGAGUGACUUACAGGUAACACUUAUGAGAAAGAUUAAAACUUUACCUCCAACGACAACGCCUCCUUCUCCAACAACUGUGGCUCCUUCUCCAACUCCAACCACUGCAGUUCCUCCUUCUCCAACAGCAGAUCCAGGACCACAACCUUCAACUUUACCUCCAACACCAGAGCCGCCUUCUCCAACGGGAUCUUCCGGUCCUCCAACAAAUACUGCAACGGAAAUGCACACUGCAACCGCCGCACCUCCAACAACAACUGUAUGCAACGGCUCUCGAGCAUACUGUAGUGAUUGUGGCAUAGCAAAUAUCAGCGUGGCUGACUACAAGGUGGUUAAUGGUGCUGAUGCUUCUCAAGACGAGUAUCCUUACCAGGUGAUUGUUAUGCCGACAAUCAAGGGUGCAGAAUACCAGUGUGGAGGUUCCAUCAUCAAAAAGAGAUGGAUUCUCACGGCUGCUCAUUGCUUCUUUGACCGGAACGGGAACCAACCUAACCAGAAUGCAGUGGUAGUCGGGUACGGGAAUAUCAACCAGGAUUUAACGACACAAGUCACUGCGACCAAGUAUAUCGUUCACGAGAAUUACGACAAAACUACUUCCGCAAAUGACAUUGCUCUCAUCGAGUUACCGAGAGCUCUGGAUUACGAGACCGAUCCCGCUAUCCAGCCAAUUUGCCUGGCUGUAGAGUCUGAUAUACCCUAUGGAGGAAAGGCGGUUGCUACUGGAUGGGGAACACUGGUUUAUCAGGGCACGACACUGCCCUCCAUUCUUCAGGAAGUGACCCUUGACAUCAUACCCAUCAGUCAGUGCAAGUCAUUGACCUCCCUCCCUGCGGAUACCACGAAGGUUGUCUGUGCUCUUACGCCAACGAAGGACACUUGCCAGGGGGACAGUGGUGGACCCCUAGUGGCCAAAGUGUGCCCAAACCAGUGGGUACAAAUUGGCAUCGUGAGCUAUGGCGUUGGAUGUGCCUUCCCCAACGAUCCGGGCGUUUACACGCGAGUUUCAGCCUUCAGACAAUGGAUUGACGUCAACACUGGUUCCAGUACAUCUUGUUGAUCGAAUGGACUUCAGGACACUACAGAUUCUCUCUCUCUCUCUCUCUCUCUCUCUCUCUCUCUCUCUCUCACACACACACACACACACACACACACACACACAGGCACUGAUACCCAUUUUAUGUAAGAAAUGGUAUAAGAUAAUGAUAGUAUAAAGCCAUUAUUAUCAAACUGACAAUUUCUAUGGGGAUUGUGGUUUUGCAUCUUGAACAAGUUAUUUUGAAAUAAUAAUAAUAAUAAUAAUAAUAAUAAUAAUAAUAAUAAUAAUAAUAAUAAUAAUAAUAAUAAUAAUAAUAAUAAUGUGAAAUUGCUUUUUGCUUUAUGCACUUGUUUUAGAUUCUUAUAUGGUCAACUUAGGAGAAACUUACAGAUUCUGUGUUGAUUUUCAUUAAAAUUGAUUGAAAUCAGGUGUAUUAUACCCUCAAGACAAUUAAAUAUGAUACUGACUCAUUUAACACUUUGUAUAAAUUCGCUUUUGAAAUAUCAAUGGUCAAAUUACACUUUCCAUGACUUAAAAUGAUCACAAUA